UGAAUUAUAUUUGUGAGCUUUUCAUUGCAAGUUGUAUUGACAAAUUUUCGAAAUUUUUAUAUAAACUUUUUUUUUUUUGCUAAAACUAGGCGGUUUUCAAAAGAGGGAAUUUAGGUUGAAUACUAUUUCACGUAAUUAUUGAACACGCUUUAAAAUGAAUAUCCUAAAAGGUCUGACAAAAAUCAAGUCGAGUUUUGCGCGAUUUAUUGAGACGACAAACAACUUUAUGUGGGUGCAACGCAAUGAAAAAUUUGCUGAUAGGCGUUUAGUUGUCGAGCAAUUAACGGACAGAGUGUUAGUGCGAGUGAAGGGAGAAGAAGUUGUGCCCUUCUUGCAAGGACUCAUAACAAACGAUAUGACUCACCUGCAAUCGGGAAGCACACCUCUUGCUAAGACCUCCGCAAUGUACACAAUGUUCCUUAAUAAGGCCGGCAGAGUCCUGUAUGACUCCAUAAUAUAUCGCACGCCAGAGCCGAAUACUUUUCUAAUUGAAUGCGAUAAAUUUAUAUCAAACGAAUUACGCCGACAUUUGCGUCUUUACCGCGUGAGACGAAAUAUUCAAAUUGAUGCAGUUGAUGGAGAGUACAGACCAUGGAUUGUUUUUAAUCCAGUAGGAAGCGCCGUUCGAAUGGAUACAAGUCUUCAAGUGGGACAAGAAGUAAUUUCUACUCCAGAUCCUCGCAUACGUGACCUAGGUACACGUGUCAUAACCAAAUCUGAUAAAACCUGGAAAGAUUUAGCAAAUAUGUUUUCUAAAUCUGGCGACAUUACGGUAGCAAAACCAACCAAUGACUGCAAUUACCGGAUGCAUCGAUAUCGUUUUGGCGUUGGAGAAGGCGUUCAAGACCUUCCUCCAGGCAAAAGUUUUCCAUUAGAAGCCAAUUGUGACUACAUGCACGGCGUAAGCUUUCACAAAGGAUGCUAUCUUGGCCAGGAGUUAACGGCACGAGUCCAUCACACAGGAGUAGUGCGAAAGCGUAUAAUGCCUUUGCGUUUAUCUGUUCCAGCUUCACCAAAAUCUAUAAAUAUCUCAACCGAAGCUGGUACCAAUAUUGGUGUAAUCCGCGGUGCAAAUUUAGAUAGGGCUUUAGGACUUUUGCGAGUAGAACAAGCUUUAGGCCCAACCAAAUUGUAUGUAGAUGGCAAUGUGUGCUACGUCGAAAAACCGUAUUGGUGGCCAUCUGAACUACCAAAGAAAGCUCGAGUUGAAGGCUGCUAGAUUUGAAAUUUUUGAAAUACUACACUAUACAUAUUGUUAACUAGUGGUUAGUAGUCGUUGGCAAUUUUUAUGUAACUUCGAGUUCAUCUAUUUACAAUCUCAAAUUAAUGGUAUUUAAAUAAAUAUGUGUAUGCAUGGCGAUUUUGAGAA